AUGGACCUGAUGAGCUCACGGUUGAAAUCGUUCAGCUGGAAGCGAAACAAGCAACAAAACAGCGUCUCUUCAGCUUCAAAUCCCGCUCCCGCACCCUCUGUCUCACUCUCAACCACCUCCGCCAGCUCCCCUCCCUCCGUCGCUGAAAACUCAUCCAACACCAGUCUCCCAAUGAAUAAUCAAAACCCGAUGGGCCAACCGCCUGGCUACACCUACAACAACGUGGCCGGCCGGCCCACCAGCCCCAUGCCCCCCGCCGGCCAACAACAGAUGCCGCACCCGCUCAACACCAACCUACCUUAUCCAGGGCAACAAUCCUUGGGUGCUCCUCCCGUCUAUGGAAUGCAGCAACCGGGUUUGGGCCAGCGGCUGCCCUCAUCGCAAGCUCCUUACGGGGUUGCUGCGCGCUCCGCGGCUGAAGUCGACGGGGGCGGCCGAAGUAAGGCUUCGCUGAUUGUAGGCAUUGAUUUCGGUACGACGUUCUCCGGUGUCGCUUUUGCUUUCGCGACAAACAACGAGGCGCGAGAGGAUAUCAUCACAGAGUGGCCUGGAGCUGGAACUCAUACCAAGCAAAAGAUUCCGACUGUUUUGUAUUAUGAUCAAUACCAGGAAGUAGUGGGAUGGGGUCCAGACAUUGCGAAUGCGCUGGCUCCCACUGGCUAUCCAAAGCAAGGGGUCCAAAAGGUUGAAUGGUUCAAGCUUCAACUGAUGCUUUCGGGCAACACGUAUAUCGACCCCAUCAACUUGCCGCCCCUCCCACCAGGAAAGUCGGAGAUCGACGUGGCGGCCGAUUAUCUCUUCAAGUUACGCCAGGCGAUGCGCGCCCAAUUACAAAAGACCCUUGGCGAGGUCUUUACAAGAGAGGAACGUAACAUCAAAUACUACCUCACGGUCCCAGCCAUCUGGAACGAUGCAGGGAAAGCGGCGACGCGUGCGGCGGCUCUGCAAGCUGGAUUCUUGCGAGAUGAGAAUGACAAUCGCCUGACUCUAAUCUCCGAACCCGAGGCCGCUGCCCUUUUCUGCGCCAAAACCGGCUUGCUGAAUCUCAAGGUCGGUGAUGCGAUCCUAAUCGUCGACUGCGGUGGCGGUACCGUAGAUUUGAUCGCAUACGAGGUCGAGGAAGAGCAGCCGUUCAGUGUGGCCGAGUGCACCGCCGGGUCUGGUGACUCGUGCGGCUCAACCGCUCUCAACCGCAACUUUAGUAAUAUUCUUCGAGCCAAGAUUCGAAAGAUGAAGCUGCCUGAUGGGUCCCGGACAGCUGGCAAGGUGUACGCCAAGUGUAUCAUGGACUUUGAAAACCGGAUCAAGGCAGAUUUCCGAAACAACGGCCAGAAAUGGGCGGUGGAUGUCGGUAUCGAAGCGGAUUUCCCUGACGCUGGAAUCGAGGAGGGUUACAUGACGUUCACCAAUGAGGAGAUUCUUCAGUGUUUCGAGCCUGUCGUGAACCGGAUUCUCGAGCUGGUGCGCAACCAGAUCAUCGCUAUUCAAGCGCAGAACCGAAACUUGCAGAACGUGCUCGUCGUCGGUGGAUUCGGUGCAUCGGAGUAUCUCUUCCAACAAAUCAAGCUGCACGUGCCACCACAAUAUCAGUCCAAGGUGGUCCGUCCGAUGGACUCUGUCGCUGCGAUUGUCAAGGGUGCCGUGACAGCAGGUAUCACAGAGCGGGUGAUUACCCACCGUGUUGCGCGUCGGCACUACCUGAUGGCCACGCUGCAACCCUUCAAGGAGGGCUACCACCCCGAACAGUACCGUGUUCCCAGUCUUGACGGUCGGGACCGAUGCAAGUACACCCGACAGAUUUUUGUGCAAAAGGGAGAGCGAGUCAAGAUUGGGGAGCCGGUCAAGGUUAGCUUCUUCCGCCAAGUCGCGCCAGGAGCCACCCUCAUGUACGAGGACAUCCUGUACGCCUGUGACGAGGAUGUUUGCCCUGAAUAUACAAAGGAUCCACGUAUCAAGGAGGUCGUUACCUUGACAUCGGACCUGUCGCGCAAAAACCUCGAGACCGACUUUGAGCGCAUGGACACUCCCCAGGGAACUUUUUACCGUGUAUAUUUCGAUAUCUACCUGACACUAGACGGCAGUGAGUUCAGCGCUGAAUUAGUAUGUCAAGGUGAAGUGAUGGGACGAUGCCGGGCAAAGUUCAGAUAA